AAGGCUGACAUCUAUGGUGCCUUCGUUGCUGAGUGAUUUCCUGUUUCGAAGCUUCUUGACAUUUCCUGAAAGCUCAGCGUUGUUCCGUAUCUGUCGGCAUUAUUUUCAGUCUUGCAUUGCAAAUCGAGUGAAUCUGUCAACACGGAUGAUACUUCACCUGUAUUGUAGAAAACGGACGUUUUUUUUUCUUCUAAACCCUCAUAACAGACACCGUUCAGCUUCACACUUAAAGGCCCCAUGAACGGAGCGGCAUUUCCCUCUCCCACCGCGGAGAUAGCCGAGAUCAAUCGGAUACACUAUGAGCUUGAAUACACAGAGGGCAUCAGCCAGCGCAUGCGCAUUCCCGAAAAGCUCAAAGUGGCUUCAUCUGUCUCGGGGGAUGAAGAGGGUGGUUUUUCUCAGGCUCCUCACAGCGCUCUGAUGCAGGUGCCAGAGAGGAUUGUUGUGGCAGAUGAUGAGGGCUCACAGUAUUCCAGACCAAGAGACUUGGACCUCAUUCAGUCCACACCCCUGGAUUCACUGGCACUGAAAACGCCACCCCGGGUUCUCACACUGAAUGAUCGCCCGCUGGACUUUCUAGAGAUGGAGCGGACUGCGGCUCCAGUCAUGCAGGUGGAGGAGGUGCGAGGUCAGGGUCGGUUACGGCGGGAACGUUCAACUAGUGAGAACACAGCAAUGCGAUACAGCGGGCAGCUCUCAAAAACAGACUCGAUUGUGACCCCUACAGCCUCUCACACCACUUGCCCUCUACCUUCUUCCCCUGAUGAUGGGUACAACCUUUACAGCACACGUGGCAUUCUGUCCCUUAUCCAGUCCACCACACGCCGGGCCUACCAGCAGGUCCUGGAGGUGCUGGAUGAAAACCAUUGCAGCAAACCUGUUCUGCGUGGUGGGUCAGCCACCUCGAACCCCCAGCAUGAUUCCAGGUUUAGCCUAUCGACACUAGACAGCACACUUGAAGGAGCCCCUGAUGACAUGGCCCUAGUAGAUGCAGCAUCACUACGACGACAGAUCAUAAAGCUAAAUCGACGGCUGCAACUCUUGGAGGAGGAGAACAAAGAACGAAUGAAGCGAGAGAUGAUCAUGUACUCCGUCACUGUGGCCUUCUGGCUUGUCAACAGCUGGAUUUGGCUCCGCCGCUAGAACCAAAUCACUUCCCUUUGCUUUCUAGCCAAACCAUUGCCAAAUGUAUUCCAUAUAACAUUGCCACACAGAAAAGCAACAUGGCUUGUCUGGGAAAUGUUUGUGUUUGCAUAUGACCAUACUUAUUUUUCUUGUAAUGUAUUUGUCUUUAUUUUUGAAGUUUUUAUAAUGUGUUUGCACUAACUACAUGUUUCAGCUGUAAAUAUUCUGACAUUUAUUUUAUUUCCUAUUUUUUUCAUACAGUUGCUGUUUUCCAUAAUUGUCCCCUGUGUGUUAUAGAAGAAUCAGGCAAAAUAAUUAAUCACUUCAUAUGCAUAUUGAAAUAGGGCAUACUUGUUCUUCAAAGUCUUGUGUGAUUGAAGUAAAAUUAUUUAAUAAAAUUUCAGAUGUCAUAA